UCCGGGGCGCUCUCAGCGCGCACACGAGCCGCCCCGGGGCUGCGCCGCGGGUGGGGGGGAGGAUACAGCGCCCGCGCCGGGCCCUCCCUGCCUCUGACGCGAUCAGCCGGCGCCGCCCGCCCGAGCAACUCCGAAGACUCCUGACCCGAGGCAGCGGCCUGGGCCAUGCCCGGGCAGGAGAGAGGGGGCCCCGACACCUUCCCGGCGGCUCCGGCGCAGUGAUCGUGGCUGGCUGCUCCGCUCCCCCUCGGGCUCGGGUUCGGGCUCGGGCCGGCACCAUGUGCUGGAAGCGCCGGGGGCUCCCUGAGUGAACCUUCCUCCGCGGAGCCGGCUGCGCCCCAGCUGCCCCCAUGGACACGCAGGGGCCGGCGGGGCCCAGUGCCGCAGCGCACAGAGACUUCUACUGGCUCCGCUCCUUCGUAGCGGGAGGUGUUGCAGGAUGUUGUGCCAAAACGACCAUAGCACCAUUGGAUCGAGUAAAGAUUUUACUGCAAGCUCAUAAUCACCAUUACAAACAUUUAGGAGUGUUUUCUACAUUGUGUGCUGUCCCAAAAAAGGAGGGUUACCUUGGGUUGUAUAAAGGAAACGGGGCAAUGAUGAUUAGAAUAUUUCCAUAUGGUGCAAUUCAGUUUAUGGCAUUUGACCAGUAUAAAAAGCUAAUAAAGAAGAAGCUUGGAAUUUCUGGGCACGUGCACAAUUUAAUGGCUGGAUCCAUGGCAGGUAUAACAGCAGUCAUUUGUACUUACCCUCUUGAUAUGGUAAGAGCGCGUCUGGCAUUCCAAGUAAAAGGGGAGCACAAGUACACAGGGAUUAUUCAUGCAUUCAAGACUAUUUAUACAAAGGAAGGAGGUUUCAUUGGAUUUUACAGAGGACUGAUGCCUACAGUUGUAGGAAUGGCUCCUUAUGCUGGUUUUUCAUUUUUUACCUUUAGUACCUUAAAGAGCAUUGGACUUUCCCAAGCACCUAACCUGCUUGGAAGGCCUUCAUUAGAUAAUCCUGAAGUCUUAGUUUUGAAAACACAUGUAAGCUUGCUAUGUGGUGGCAUGGCUGGAGCAAUAGCACAGACAAUAUCAUAUCCACUUGAUGUAACUCGGAGGCGAAUGCAGUUAGGAGCGGCUCUUCCAGAUGCUGACAAGUGCCUUACAAUGGUGCAGACACUGAAGUAUGUAUAUAGGCACCAUGGAAUACGAAGAGGAUUAUACCGUGGUUUAUCUCUGAAUUAUAUUCGUUGUAUACCGUCCCAGGCUGUGGCUUUUACCACAUAUGAGUUUAUGAGACAGUUGUUGCACCUCAACUAAAUUUUUUUCUUAAACUUCACUGAAAAACUACAGUAUCCGUCUUCAUGUUAUGUUUGUGAGUAAAUUACUUGAAAUGGGAAAUUUAAUCUGUCACUGUGAAUUAUUGGAAUUUUAGUACUUAAUUUUAUUUGCCAAAAAAAAAUAAAUGCAUGGGGUAAUAGAACCUUUUGGAAUCAGAACAGGAAAUUGCCUAACAUGGACAUUAGCUAGCUAUAACCAACUCUUUGCACUUGUACCUGUAGGCUCCAUUAGGUUAAUACAAAUACAUUAUAUAAUUUACAACCGUCACAGUUAUAUGGAAAGGAACUAGAUUUUGAUACGGGUUUCAGACUGUUUGAUGUUUAGCUUUAUGAUGUCAUUCCAGGAUUUUAAUAUUAUUUAUCAUUGUAUUACUUGUUAACCCAGAAUUUAAACAUCUAAUUUUCUUAAAUAAAUAAGAUUAAAUUAACUUGAAUAAAAUGAACCUAAUUUUCACUUGCUUGUGAGAUUCUGUAAAAGUAGAACUUGGUCACCCACAAUCUAAGGGUUGCUCUGUUUUAUUGCAUAUGAAUUGUUUGUGUACAGUUAAAUAAAUUAAUGUUCUGUAUCUUCUGAUUGAUAAACAUUUCAAGAUAUGAAACUCUUCAACUGUUACAAUAAAUACUAGUAAUGAGAUUCAUUUAAAAACAGAAUCUUGUGAUUUUGGAAGUCAAUAGCUUUGCUUGUUAUCUUUUAAAAACAAUGCUAUUACUAAGUAUGCUAUUAACUUAAAAUAGGAUCUGAUAAAUGAAAAUUCCUACAUUACAAUAACAAAUGUUAGACAAGUCUCUGGGCCCAAUCCUGCAAGAUACUGCAUACCAUUUUGUAAGGUGUUGAAUGCCCUCAAGUCAAUUUUCUGAGAGUUGAGGGCACUCUACACCUUGUCACAUUAGCCCCUAAAUACAUAUUUGUCUUUGCGUUGUGAGGGAGGAGAAAGUAGGGACAAAAUUGUGUAUGCUGCAGCAUUUACCUGUCUGGACCAUGUGCACACUUUUUGGGGAAGGGAAAAAUAAAGGCUGUACUGGAGUUUGUUUACAACUGUGGACAGUUAUAGUAUGAAUAUAUAAAAUGGGUGUGUGCACUAUGCUGGCUGCGCAGUAUACUAUUACCCUGGUUUUUUUUUUCUGCUACAGUUGCUGCUCUUCUUGAGGUAGGAAAUGACUUAACAGAUCUGCUCAUACAUGAUUUACACUGGUACAAUUUCAAUUUAAACAACUCCUUCUUAGCUGAAGAAACUGUAAAACUAGAAUAAUUAUUCUUUCAGUCAUUUACUUUAGGUAAUGUAAGUUUAUUGAUUGUAAAUAUUUUGAGUGAUGUUCUGGUAAUGGAUAUAUUAACUAAACUAGUGAUUUCAUGAUCAAUAUCACUUAUUUUUGAUGACAAGGCCACAACCUAGAAUUUGAGUUUAUACAUCAAGAAUAACUUUUGUGGUUGGAAUUUUUUCAUUUUAUUAAAAUAUAUAUUUCUUUGAUAUUUACCUGUGUCACUGGCAGAGAAUGCGAUGUAUUUGAAUUUAUUUUAUUAAAAAAAAAACCUUGAAUAACAAUGAAAUAUCUUUAUAUGAUUUGUAGAUAUUGCAGACAAUAGAAAUACAUGUUUCUGGAAUUAUACUAUAUUUCCCCUUGUAGGUAAACAUAAAUAAAAUUGUCAUACUUGAUUAAAAGUGA